CCGAUCAACUGCCAGAACUAAGAUUUCGCUACACGCAACUGUGCCAGGCUGUGGAUAUCGUAAAUAGAAGCUUAAAAUGGCUUCUUGGAAUCCGUUUCAUUCUUGACAUGUUUCUGGCCUGUUUUGCCGCGUAUCAAAUUAUCAACGGAUCAUCGGACAUAUUUGUCAUCGCAGUUGAUGUAUUCUGGCUCGGAGGUGGUGUUGUGUGUAUCCUUGUGUCAGCAAUGUGCAGCGCUGAUGUUCACGAUGCAGCUCAUUCCCUUUUGGAUGACAUAUUCAGUAUCGGAACACAGGAUGUUACUGUGGAGCAGAUGGCACAGCUUAAUCUAUUUCUGUCCAAGUUGACAGGCACAUCCAUUGGGUUCACAGCUAUUGACUUCUUUGUCAUCACUAAAGAGUUCCUCCUGACUCUGGGUGGACUGUUCAUGACCUACUUCUUCCUCCUGCUCCAGUUCAAGAUAGCCUGAGUCACCGUGAACAGACUGAAGCGAUGAAGACACCUGUGUUGUGAUUCAUGUACAUGUAUAUCACUGAAAGCUCUGUCCAAAUGUUA